GCAAGAUGGCUGCGCGCAGUGAACUCCUGGUGUAGCCACGGCGUCCCUGACGAUGGCGUCCCCAACUUUGCACGACUCACGUGGGGGACCAGACAAGCUCCAUGGUGAACCCUCUUCACAGGAAGAUGAGGACAGUGACUCUGAAGACAGGACCGGCGACUCGGGUUCCUGUACUUCAGCGAGUAGCAAUGAUGAUGAUCUGGAGCCAGAAUGGCUGGAUAGUGUGCAGAGAAAUGGAGAGCUGUUUUAUUUGGAAUUGAGUGAAGGUGAGGAAGAAAGUCUCCUUCCUGAAACACCAACUGUGAACCACGUAAGGUUCAGUGAAAAUGAGAUUAUCAUUGAAGAAGAUGAUUACAAAGAAAGAAAAAAGCAUGAACCCAAGCUCAAGCGGUUUACCAGAAUUUUAAAAAGUAAAAAACUUUUACCCAAGCGCUACCAUAAGAAAAGCAGCAACAACGAUGGGCCAGUAUCCAUUCUAAAGCAUCAGCUCAACCCAAAGAUAGGAGUGACUGUCCAUCAGAGGUAUAAAGACGUGACUGUUUAUGUAAACCCAAAAAAUCUCACUGUCACCAAAGCCAGAGAGCAGCUCAAACUUCUGGAAGUACUUGUUGGAAUUAUCCAUCAGACUAAGUGGAGCUGGAGAAGAAGUGGGAAGCAGAGUGAUGGGGAGAGACUUGUGGUGCAUGGCCUGUUGCCCGGAGGAUCUGCAAUGAAGAGUGGCCAGGUACUAAUCGGUGAUGUCCUUGUUGCAGUGAAUGAUGUGGAUGUGACCUCUGAAAACAUUGAGAGAGUGCUGUCCUGCAUUCCUGGGCCAAUGCAGGUAAAACUGACAUUUGAAAAUGCUUAUGCUAUGAAAAAGGAAACAGCACAACCAAAAAAGAAAAAGAAACAGUCAAAUGCAAAUGAUUUAGUCAAACUCCUAUGUGGGGAAGCGGCUGAAGACAUACAACAGAGUGUCCUGGUCACUCCACAUAUCAUCAUGUACCUCAAUCUACAGCUUGACUCAGACUCAUCCAAGGAAGAGCAGGAAAUCCUUUAUCACUAUCCAAUGUCUGAAGCAUCGCAGAAACUUAAAAGUGUAAGAGGGAUUUUUCUCACACUCUGUGACAUGCUGGAAAAUGUAACUGGGACACAAGUUACUAGCUCAUCCCUACUGUUAAAAGGGAAACAAAUCCAUGUAGCUUACUGGAAAGAGUCUGACAAGUUGUUGCUAAUUGGCUUGCCUGCUGAAGAAGUUCCUCUUCCUCAGCUGAGAAAUAUGAUAGAAGAUGUUGCCCAAACCUUAAAAUUUAUGUAUGGUUCUUUAGACAGUGCCUUUUGCCAGGUUGAGAAUGUUCCUCGUUUGGACCAUUUCUUCAGCUUGUUCUUUCAAAGAGCACUUCAUCCUGCCAGACAACACCUCAGCGCCAGCCCCAGUGCUCAGCAGUACAGUGCAGCCAGCUCAGUGCUCUUAGACAGUCUCCCUGGGGCCCGGUGGCUCACACUUCCUCAGGAAAUCAAGGUGGAAUUGGACACAAUGUUAAGUGACCUUGAGGCUGCAGAUUUUGCAGAGCUGUCUGAGGAUUACUAUAAUAUAAGACGGCUGUAUACAAUUUUGGGAUCUUCUCUAUUUUACAAGGGAUAUUUGAUAUGCAGCCAUUUGCCCAAGGAUGAUCUUAUAGAGAUUGCUGUAUACUGUCGCCACUAUUGCCUGCUGCCAUUAGCAGCAAAACAAAGAAUUGGUCAGUUGAUAAUAUGGAGAGAAGUGUUUCCUCGACAUCACCUCCACCCUUCCACAGAAUCAGACACUGACGCUUUUCAGGAACCUGAAGGGAGGUAUUUUUUACUGAUUGUCGGACUGAGACAUUACGUGUUAUGUGUCCUGCUAGAAGCUGGAGGCUGCACAUCCAAAGCUACUGGGAAUCCUGGCCCAGACUGUGUAUAUGUGGACCAAUUCAGAGCAACACUUCAUCGGCUGGAAGCAGUACAGUCACGCAUAGAUGAAAGACUUGCCUCUUCCACUGGGCCCUGGUUGUCUUGUGCUGAUUGGUUCCUUGCUGGUCCACGAGACAAAACAGAUGGUUUGACCACUUCACCUAUUAUCAGUAGGCUACACGGUACUUCCAAAGCAAAAACACCUCCAACAUGCAGAAGAGCCAUCUUCAGUGACUAUUCCUUCAAGACACGAAAACCCAGUCCCUCCAGAGGCAGUGGAGAAUCUGAGCCUGGUUGUGAAGGUGAAGGCAUUGGUCUUAGCCCACACACAACCCCAGAUGCAAUACCAAGGCAAAGGGAAUCCAGUGGUUCAGAAGACAGUGGGACCUGGCUUAAGGCAAGUAAAAAGAAAUCUACUCUUCCAAAUCCAUUUCAUCUGGGAAAUUUGAAAAAGGAACUUUCAGAAAAAGAAUUGGAAAUAUAUAACACAAUGAAAUUGACAUCUGGUCCUGAGAACACACUAUUCCAUUAUGUUGCCUUAGAAACAGUGCAAGGAAUUUUCAUCACUCCUACACAUGAAGAGGUGGCACAACUAGGUGGUUCUGUCCACUCUCAGCUAAUAAAGAAUUUUCAUCAGUGUUGUCUUUCCAUUCGUGCCUUUUUUCAACAGACAUUGGUAGAAGAGAAAAAGAAAGCAUUGCCUGGUAGAGAUCAUGCAGACUCUUCAACCCCAGCGUCUUCUCUCAGUGCUGUGAAAGAGCAUGGUGUGUUGUUUGAAUGCUCACCUGAAAACUGGACUGAUCCGAAAAAGUCACCACCAGUUUUGACUUACUGGGUAGUAGGGAGACUCUUCCUUCAUCCCAAACCUCAGGAACUUUAUGUCUGCUUUCAUGACUCAGUCACAGAAAUUGCCAUAGAAAUGGCAUUUAAAUUGUUCUUUGGAUUAACAUUGUAGCUAUGUGUUUACACUGCCCAGCAGUACACUCACGGAACAUGGAACAGCGUCUGAUUGCUGAAGUCAGUACACAGAGACAAGGAUUAGGCUUUCUACUGUUUAGUAAUGAACAUGAUCUUAAAUACAGAGAGGCAAUGCUAUUGGAUUGAUGCACCAAUUCAUAUGCAAUAUUGAGACUUUAGAAGAUAUUUGAUCAAAAUAUGAAAAACAUGCUGAGUGUGGUGUCACAUGCCCUUAACCCUAGCAUUCAGUAGGCAGAG